AUGACGCCGCCGUGCCGCUCAUUUCCCGCCUCGGAGCUGCCAGAGCGGAUCCAGCAGGAUGCGUCGGGGCGGCGCCGCAAAGUCGAGGGCGCGGGCAGCGUGUCUCGCAAGAUUGACUUGUCGGCCUGCGAGCUUUUGCAGAUGCUGCAGUACAAGUGCGAGGUUGAGCGGCCGUUGUCGCGCGACAGUCCGGUCCGAUGCUAUGCUGUAGAUCGGCUAUUUCGCAGGUGUAAAGACAAAAAAGGCACAUUCACCGUGGAAACAACGGCGUGGGAAAAGGAAAGGGCCAAAGCAGAUGGCGGCUUAGAAGGAACCAAUUCCAGAGACCCGCCAAAGCCGCAUCAAUGGUCGUCGAACUGGCAUGAUCCAGACGAGGCAUCGCCGUGAUGCUGCAGCUUUUCUUUAUUGCAAAUUAUAAAUGACGAAUUAGCUACAAGCUCUCUAGCUAAAGAGAUCUCAGUGCUACUUAUACCGCGCUGAGCAUACUUCUAAGGAGCUUCACGCCGGUUCUCAUCUUAACGUUGUAUAAAAUAGCAUUUGAUUUAGCAAGCGAAUGAUGAGACUCAAUAGACUGGCGGCUGUCCUAC